CGCCUUGCUCUCCCGCCAGACACAAGGGCAACGACAGCGCCUCAAGCGAAGAAUGUCACUGAGUAUCGGCUCUACCGUGACUCUGAGCGAUGGGAUCAUAAUGCCACGACUUGGCCUUGGCACGUGGAGGAGCGCGACGGGAGAAGUAGAAACUGCUGUGAAGUGCGCUCUCAAGGCAGGGUAUCUACACAUCGAUUGCGCUUGGUGCUACGGAAAUCAAGUCGAGGUUGGCAAAGCACUUGCAGAUGCAUUCAAAGAGGACAACAUCAUCAGGGAAAAUGUUUUCAUCACGACUAAGCUGUGGAACACGUUUCACCGGCCCGAGCUGCUCAAGAAGAACUUGGACACGUGCCUGAAAGAUCUCGGGCUCCCGUACGUCGAUUGUGUGCAGCUACACUAUUCGUUCGCGAUGGUUCCCUGCGCAGACGAGACGGUUUUGGUGCCUCGGCACGCCAAUGGGGAUGCACACCUGGACGACGAAGUUGACCUUAAGCAAACGUGGAAGGCAAUGGAGGGGUUCGUCGAGAGUGGACUUGCGAAGACGAUCGGCGUAAGCAACUUUACGAAGGAAGAGCUCGCCUACGUGAUGGAAGAUGCGAAAAUCAUGCCCUCGGUGCUGCAAGUCGAGAUACACCCGUAUCUUCCCAACACGGAGCUUCUCCUUUGGUGCAAAGAGAAAAACAUACACGUCACAGCAUAUGCACCCCUGGGAAACGUGAACAAGGAGUUUGCAUCCUGUCUUGAUGACCCCGUCAUCAUCGAGAUCGCGGAGAGAAUGACCAAGAGUCCUGCGCAGGUUAUUAUUCGCUGGCAUCUCCAGCGUGGCGUAACUGUGAUCCCCAAGUCUGUCACACCUGCAAGGAUCUUGGCUAAUAAGGACGUUUAUGACUUCGACCUCUCGAAUGAGGACAUGGCUGCAAUCGAUAAGCUUGGCGAGCGCAACUUGCGGAUGUGCAACUGGAAGUACAGGCCCGGUGGAGGACGCCUCUACGAGGGCGAGACCAGCGCCUAUCCUGAGAAAUAGUCGAGCAAGUCGUCAAAUACAAUGGGGUCGACCCACUUCGUUCGUAUUACGGUAGACAUUCGCUUGGGCGUGCAUUGAGAAGCGUGAAGGUUGGACAGCGGGCCUCGUAAUGCUUGGUCCGGCCGGUUGUGUUUUUGUGAGAACAUCUCGUUGACCAAGCCUGGGGUCACUUAGGGAUUAAAGCUGUCGAAGCAAGACUCGAACAUUAUGGGAAACACU